AACAAGUAACUUAUAGAUGGAAUUCUGGGCUUCAGAUUUUUAAAACAUUUAAAAAAAAUACUAGCCAAUAAACACUCAAGAUUUAUCAAGGAAUCCAAAGAUUAACUAUAAGAAUGACUCAGCAAAGCUGUUCUUUGCCCUUCGUUGAUCGUUUCUUCAUCAUGUCCGGACACAGCAAGCAGGGAGGUAAAGCCCGCACCACAGCUAAGACCCGCUGUUCUCCGGACAGGCUCCAGUUCCCCGUGGGCCUCGUGGGCCGCGUGCACCGCCUGCUCCGCAAGGGCAACUACGCUAAGCCGGCUGGGGCCAGCGCACCAGUCUACCUGGUGGUGGUGCUGAAGUACCUGACGGCCGAGAUCCUGGAGCCGGUGGGCAACGCGGGACAUGACAACAAGAAGACCCACAUCAUCCUGCGCCACCUGCAGCUGGCCAUCCACAACGAUGAGGAGCUCAACAAGCUGCUGGGCAAGGUCACCAUCACGCAGGGUGGUGUCCUGCCCAACAUUCAGGCCAUGCUGCUGCCCAAGAAGAUCGAGAACCACCACAAGGCCAAGGGCAAAUAAUGUCUCCAUAAAUCACUUUACAAUACAAUGGCUCUUUUCAGAGCCAUCGAAUCCAAGCUGGAAAACACUCUUCAGGAUAUUAUCCAGGAAAACUUACCCCCAGCCUAGCAAGGCAGGCCAAUAUUCAAGUCCAGGAAAUACAGAGAA